AUGCUCCGGAAAGGACCUUCGUGUCCCCCGGCCCUGAGCGGCGCUUUUUCCCAACUGCUCCUCGCAAAAGGGGCCUUCGCUUUGGCUCGCAAUCUGUCGCCUUCAGUGUUCCCUCCCUCCCGCCGGUCCCCCCUUUUCUGCGCCCUUUGGGCCCCGGCACAGGCGGGGGCCGCAGUUUUCCCCUUUGUCCUUCCGCACGACUUCAGGGGGGGCUCCAAGUGCCCCUGGGAGCGUCCCUCUCGACCAAGCGUCGCCCUCUCUGGGGCACUCCCCGCCGCUCCUGCAGAGGAGGGGCCUGCUAAAGGGCCCAGGUCGUACGGAAGGGGGCUGGGAAACUGCCCCGAAGCCGCUCCUGAAGUUUUCGGAAGCCCCCGCCUGAGGCUGCGGAAAGGGGGCCCCAGGCUGCUCCCGAAGCCGCGGAACCGGGCCCCCCGGGCUGUUUCCAGGCUGCAGAAGCCGCCCCUGAGGCUGCUCCCGCAGGUGCCAAGAGCCCCCAAGGGAGCCGAAGAAACCCCCGAGGCAGCCGAAGCCCCAGGUGCGGCCCCCGCAGCGAGCCCGCCCCCCAAGCGGGGCCCCCGAGGGGUGCCCGUUGCUCAAAAAGGGAAAAGGGGCCCCCCCCCGCUCCCCAGGCCGCCCCUGCGCCACGGUCCCAUGUGGCCCGUCGCAGAGGGCCCGCCGUGGCCGCCCCCGCCGCGUCGCCGUCGCUGCCCCCCCUGGGCACCCCGCCUACCACCAAGCGGGGCACCGACCCCUCCCCCUGAACCUGGGACCCCCUGGGCCAGGUGGAGGGCCCGCUUUUCCCCCCCCUUCAUCUACCCCCAAAGACUCCCUGACGUGUGGGCCCCCAAGGUGGCCCCCCUUCCGCCUCCCCGCCUCACGCCACCCCCCGACCGCAAAAACCCCCCCACCCGCCCGCGGGGCCCCAACCGCAGCGUAAACGCCCGUGAGGUCCUGUGA